AUGAUUAUGCCCAAACCAGUGGUGCUGUUCAAGUUUGACAACCAGAAGGAGGUGGACCGCUGGCAGGGCGCCGCGGCGUUCACCGGCCGCUGCAGCACCGAGCUGGACGACGACGCUGACCUGGCGCGCGCCGGCUACUGCGCCGCCAACAGCAAGGCGCGCCCGCGCCCGCGCCCGCGCCCGCGGUCCGCGGGUUGGACGGACGUGCGCAUCCCCUUGAGGGCGUUCCUGCUGACCUACAAGGGCCGACUGGUGGAGGGCCGCAUGGAGCUGCCCAAGGACAGAGUGGUGUCGGUGGGCGUCGCCAUUUCGGCCCUCGCGUCCAGCGACCCCGAGGACGAGGCGCGCAGCGGCGUGGAGCAGCGGCCGUCGGACGGCGGCGGCGGCGGCGCGGCGGCGGCGGCGGGCGGAGGGGAGGAGGCGGCGGCGGCGGCGGCGGGCGCGGCGGGCGGGGAGCAGCAGCAGGAGCGGGCGGAUCUGGAGGCUGACGUGGGCGCGAGCGAGCCCGUGGUCCUCACAUCGAAUUUCAAGCUGCUGCUCCGGCAGAUACGAGCAGAGGGCCGGGCGGGUGUGACAGGGCCCGCGGAGGCUUAG